AUGACCUCCCCCAACACCAACAACAACAACAGCCUCGACGACAUCUUCGGCUCCCCACCCCACGACGACACGCCAACCCACACAAUCGCCACCACAGCGCAAUCUGAACCCUCCGAACUGCCCUCCCUCCGCCGCCAACAUGUAACAGCGGGCUAUCGUGACGGCGUCUCCGCCUCGAAAACCGAACACGUGCAAUCCGGCUUUGACGCGGGCUUCCCCGUGGGUGCCCAACUGGGCAUGCGCGCGGGGACAAUCCUCGGCAUUCUCGAGGGCGUGAUCCGGGGGUACGAGAGUCGUGCCUCGUCGGCGGUGAUCAAGAAGCCUGGUGCUGUGCGCGGCGGCGCGUCAUCAUCCUCAACGGAGAGCGAGGAGGCGGUGAAAAGCAGACUGGAGAAGAGGGAGAAGGUCCUCAAGCUCUACCAGGCCGCCAUCCGGGAAUUGGAUGUGCAGACCGUAUUCGCCGGUUUAGAUGGUACCUCUGAGGAAUUGAAACCGGAGGAGCGACUGCGGGGGCUCGGGGAUAAGGCCAUUUCGACCUGGGAAGAGAAAGUGAAAGUCGCGCAUUGGGAGGAGAUCAUGGACGCGCUGGAGAUGAAAGACGCGAAGCCACAGCCACAGGAGGACGAACAGGAACAAAGCUGA